UGUUUUUUCUUUACUGCUAUCAAACGCGAAAAAAAAUAACCAACUUAUGUGUAUUAUCUCCUCCAUAUUGGUAACACCCUCCAAAUUAGUAGCAUCAGAAGAUAUUACCGUUGAAAUAAUAAAGCAAUUAACUCAAAGUCCUGGUCAACUUCCUUAUAAAUCUGACUUGGCAAAUUUCCUUAACGAAAAUCCUCCAGUAAAAAUACCGCUUUCCCCUGAUCAUUAUUACCAGUUUAGUACUACAG